GCUGCUGGCGGCACGGCUCCGACGGGGCCGGAGCGAUGCCCGCUCGUAGCCGAGCCGGCUCCCGCCUGCGCUCCGGCUCCCUGCCCCGGCCUUCGCGUCUGCCUCUCCAGACGCUGCGCUCCACCUAUGCGCCGAGGACCCCCGACUCUGACGGCGCCUUAGACACCGGCUCCGAGCUGGGUCCCGGCAGCCCGGCUCCCACCGCGGAGGAAGUGCAGGAAGAAAUGGCAGGCCCUAGUCAACUCUGCAUUCGCCGCUGGACUACGAAGCAUGUAGCUGUGUGGCUGAAGGAUGAAGGUUUUUUUGAGUAUGUGGACAUUUUAUGCAACAAGCACCGUCUUGAUGGAAUCACAUUGCUCACACUGACUGAAUAUGAUCUCCGCUCUCCUCCUCUGGAAAUCAAAGUCCUAGGAGACAUUAAACGCUUAAUGCUUUCAGUCCGAAAAUUGCAGAAAAUACAUAUUGAUGUUUUGGAGGAGAUGGGCUACAACAGUGACAGUCCUAUGAGUCCCAUGACACCAUUCAUCAGUGCUCUUCAGAGUGCAGACUGGCUCUGUAACGGAGAGCCCACACACAGCUGUGAUGGACCCAUCCCUGACUUGAGUUCUGAUCAGUACCAGUACAUGAAUGGCAAAAACAAACAUUCUGCUCGAAGACUGGACCCAGAGUACUGGAAGACCAUCCUGAGUUGUAUAUAUGUUUUUAUAGUAUUUGGGUUUACGUCUUUCAUUAUGGUUAUUGUUCAUGAGCGAGUGCCUGACAUGCAGACCUACCCACCACUCCCAGAUAUAUUCCUAGACAGUGUUCCUAGGAUCCCAUGGGCCUUCUCCAUGACUGAAGUUUGUGGCAUGAUUCUGUGCUACAUUUGGAUCCUGGUUCUUCUUCUUCACAAGCACAGGUCGAUCCUCCUGCGGAGGCUCUGUAGUCUGAUGGGCACUGUGUUCUUGCUUCGCUGCUUUACAAUGUUUGUGACCUCCCUCUCCGUGCCAGGACAGCACCUGCAGUGUACUGGAAAGAUAUAUGGAAGUGUGUGGGAGAAACUACACCGGGCAUUUGCCAUCUGGAGCGGCUUUGGUAUGACUCUGACUGGCGUCCACACUUGUGGAGAUUACAUGUUCAGUGGCCACACAGUUGUUCUAACCAUGCUGAAUUUCUUUGUCACAGAAUAUACACCAAGAAGCUGGAAUUUCUUGCACACUCUAUCCUGGGUUCUCAACCUCUUUGGAAUCUUCUUCAUCCUGGCUGCCCAUGAACAUUAUUCCAUUGAUGUGUUUAUUGCCUUUUAUAUCACAACAAGACUCUUUUUGUACUACCAUACUCUGGCUAACACCAGAGCGUAUCAUCAGAGUAGGAGAGCGAGAAUUUGGUUUCCUAUGUUUUCUUUCUUUGAAUGCAAUGUUAAUGGCACAGUACCUAAUGAAUAUUGUUGGCCAUUUUCUAAACCAGCAAUAAUGAAAAGACUAAUUGGAUGAAGACUCUCUCUCUCUCUGUAAUGAGUUUGUUGUUAAAUAUACAGUAGUUAUGGAAUGAAA